AAGUAGUGAUAGGAUAGGGUAGGAGUGAAGUAGUUGAGAUGAUUAAGUAAUCAUGUAGAAGAUGAUGACCAAGUUUAGGGGCUUCAUACCUUAAUACAAGAGACGUGGCAUGCGUUUUUCAUUUCAUUCAGAAGAAAGAAAAAUAAGACCCACGUGGACCCCAACUUCCCCAAAAAAUCUCCAAACUCCCAAACCCCAACUUCAACUUUUCUUCUUCUUCUUCUUCUUCUCUUCAGAAUUCAAAUCAUCCAUGGAUUCUCUUCCUUCGGUGUCUCCUUCCAUGGUUCUCCCUCCCACCAACCCCUUCCGUCGUCUUGUUCCCACCCUCGUCUCCGCCAGAACCAGAAGGACUCACCUGUCAGUCUCCUGCACCCUCGGCGGCGACGGAACUCACGACGACGUCGAGAGGGCGCUUCACAUGGACGGCACCAUUCCCACUACCUCCAACGAGUUCCUCAAACGCGUUUCCUCACGCGCCUAUGAUAUGCGCCGCAACCUCCACCAGUCCUUCGAUACUAGCAGCUACGACGUUUUAGAUGCCAACCCUUGGAGAGAAACUUCAAAGCCUGUGUAUGUACUCACCCAAAAGGAAAAUCAGUUGUGCACAAUGAAAACCCGGAGAAAUAGAAGCGAAGUUGAAAGAGAGCUUGGCUUAUUGUUUUCUAAAGGCAGCAACUGGAGAUCUGGAAUUGGAAAUCAGUCCAAACAAGCAAGGGGAGGGACAAAGUUUCAAAUGCUUGUAGAAGAUAUUAGAGAGGGAGUACUGGUAUUUGAAGAUGAAAAUGAGGCAGUGAAGUAUUGUGACUUGCUUGAAGGAGGUGGUCAAGGUUGUGAGGGUGUUGCUGAAAUAGAAGCUUCAUCGAUAUUUGAUCUUUGCCAGAAAAUGAGGGCUCUUGCAGUUUUAUUCCGCAGAGGGAGGACACCUCCCCUACCUGAAAGUCUUAAGCUCAAUCUUCGAGCUCGUAAACGGUCCCUCGAAGACCAAGAUGAUUUGAUAUGAGAUUUAGAUUCCCUUGUGAUGGGAGGGAAGCAACUGUGUGCUAUUUGCUAAUAUGCUUUGCCCCCAAAAGGAACACAAAUAUGUAUAAUGACUAGAAAUUCAUUCAUCAUUAUAAUUGAAAAGAAUAUAGCAUGUACAUUGUGGCUCAAUGCUCAAGUUCAAAAUUUCAGCUUUCCUUUGG